AUGAUUCUUGAUGUUUUGCUUGGCCUAGCUUCGUUCUGUUCAACCCUUUGUUCAACUCUCAUCCCCGCCUGGAACUGGGUGAAAAGGAAAACGAACUGGGAGAAACAUUCUGACUACUUAAGCAGUGCUUUGGGCGGGCUGGGCCCAUUUCCAGCCGACCCUCGGCCUGAGCCACCCUCAGGAGAGGAGGAAGAGACGCGGUCAAAGUGUCGAGAAGCUGUCCUGAGUUGCUUUCCCGACAUCUGCCCGGAGUAUCUCGACAGAAUUGCUGCUGAGCACCACUGGGCCGCUGAACCCCUUAUCACCCACCUUCUGGACGAACAGGAAAACGGUCGCUCGUACCCGAAACGCUCUAGAUCUCUCAAACGAAAGCUGCCGGAUCCCGACGAGGAAGCCGAAGAGGAAGUCCAGGCCCGCAGACUCUCCAAGGACGACCCACGAGAGCCUGGUAAAGGCCCCCUAUAUUUCCAGCAGUAUUCUAGAGCUGCUAAGAAGCUCCUCAAAACCUCAUUUCCUCAGCUGUACGUCGCCGACAUCGAGAGCCACUUGAGGGAUAAUCAUUACCGCAUGUACACGACGUAUCUGGCGCUGGAGAAAGCUUACUCAGACGGUAACAGUGGCCUCCGCCUCAAGUCCCGGAAAUCCGCUGCCAACCCUCAACAGCCGGACCCUUCCGAGUACAUUAACGCUGCACAGCCAGUGGUGGACGUCUGGAACGCAUUCUGUGCAGCUCAGGCCAUGGCUGCGAAGGAACACGCGGAAGCCGAGAACCGGCAGCGUGCGCAGGACGAGGGGACUCUCCUGGAAUGCGGAUGCUGCUACUCCGAGUAUCCGAUCAACAGAAUGGUUCACUGCAACGGAGACGUUAUCCACUGGUUUUGCCGCGAUUGCGCCAGGCGCGUGGCCGAGGAUGCCAUCGGCUACCAAAAGUACCAGCUCAACUGUGUGUCGAUAGACGGGUGCAAGGGUACCUUCUCCAAAGACCAGAAAGACCUGUUCCUGGAUGACAAACUGGUCGCUGCUUUGGAUAAGAUUGAGCAAGAGGCGAACCUGCGUCUGGCUGAUAUCCCAGAUCUGGAACGCUGCCCCUUUUGCCCGUACGCGGCCGAAUACCCCCCAGUGGAGGAGAACAAGGAGUUCAGAUGCGACAACCCGGAGUGCGGCAUCGUGAGCUGCAGGCUUUGCCGCAGGGCGACACACAUUCCCAAGUCAUGCGAGGAAAACAUGCGCGAAAUGGGUCAUUCCCUUCGCCGUCAGAUCGAAGAGGCCAGGUCGGCGGCUCUAAUCCGCAAAUGCAAUAAAUGCGGCACACCUUUCAUCAAGACGGAGGGCUGCAACAAGAUGACCUGCACCCGCGCUGGCUGCCGGAACGUGCAAUGCUAUAUCUGCUCAAAAUCCUGUGAUUACAGUCAUUUCAACGACACCUCGAGGGGUGGAAAGCAGGGGAACUGUCCCUUAUUCGACAAGGACAUAGAGCAGCGGCACGAAGCAGAAGUCCGGGCAGCCGAGGAAGAGGAACGGAGAAGGGUUGCCCAGGAGAACCCGGAUAUCCACCCUGACCUGCUCAAUAUCAACUUUUCAGAGAAGGUAGAGAGGGGCGCAAAAGCGCAGAAAGCGGCAGCCGCUGGCCCGCCAAAUCCUGUACCAGAGGCUCUCCGUAGGUUUUUUUAA